UUCUAGCUUGAUGGGUUCUUCUAAUAACGGUGGUGUGCCACCGGGGUUUCGAUUUCAUCCAACUGAUGAGGAAUUGCUUCAUUACUACUUGAAAAAGAAGGUGUCGUUUCAGAAGUUUGACAUGGAUGUUAUUAGAGAGGUCGACCUCAACAAGAUGGAGCCUUGGGACUUGCAAGAAAGAUGCAGAAUAGGAUCAACACCACAAAACGAGUGGUAUUUCUUCAGCCACAAGGAUAGAAAGUACCCAACAGGGUCAAGGACAAACCGAGCAACGAACGCAGGGUUCUGGAAAGCCACGGGAAGAGACAAGUGCAUAAGGAACACCUACAAGAAGAUUGGGAUGAGAAAGACACUAGUGUUCUACAAAGGUAGAGCCCCUCAUGGCCAGAAGACUGAUUGGAUCAUGCACGAGUACCGCCUUGAAGAUUCCAAUGAUCCUCAAGCAAAUGCCAACGAAGAUGGGUGGGUGGUGUGCAGGGUGUUCAAGAAGAAGAACCUAUUCAAGAUUGGAAAUGAAGGAGGUGGUGGCUCCACACACACCUCAUCGGACCAGCAACUCAACAACUCAACGGCCACCAAUGCUCGUUCCUUCAUGCAAAGGGAAAACCACUACCUACUGCAUCACCACCAACAACAGCAAAACCCUAGGAAUGGGAACCCAUCGUCUUCAUCCUCAGGCUUUGAUGAGCUCGAUAAACCCGAACUCGGUCUCCAUCACUAUCCUCACAUGCAAACCCCACACUAUUCACUCUUCCAUCACUCCCAACCACUUCUUCAUCCCCAGGCCCACAAGCCCAUCGUCUACGACUACUCUUAUACACCCGCGCUUCCCUCAGACCCUCCUGUCAUUGCUAAGCAGCUCAUGACUAACCCUAGAGACUGCGACAGCGGUGGCAGCGAGGGUCUGAGGUACCAGCAGGUUUCCGAGCCUGGUAUGGAGGUUGGAUCAUGUGAACAAGCCCAGGAAAUGGGCGCGGCCGCGGCCGCAAGAGGAGGAGGAGAAGGAAUGAAUGAAUGGGGUGUGCUCGAUAGGCUUGUAACCGGGAACCUUGGAAAUGAAGAUUCAGCCAACAAAGGGAUUAGGUUUGAAGAUGCAAAUCCACAUCAGAUUAACCAGCUUUCUUUGAGGGGAGAGAUGGAUUUCUGGGGCUAUGGAAAACAAUAACUUCCUCCAUGAUUGAAGAUAAAUAAGAGUUCGAUCCUUGCCUCUAAUUAACCAUUUAAUUAAAUACGGGGAGAAACAAAGAAAGACAUUUAUAUAUAUUUUGAUACAGAUUAUUGAAGAUUGUUAUCUCUAUGUUUUUAUUUUUCGAUUCGAUAUUAUUGUUUGUUUAGUACCCAUAGAGUCAAUUGGAAAAUGCAGUUGCAAUUGCAUGCAAGUGCAAUACAUGGUUAUUGAUGUUAAUUAUAGUAUUGACUAUAAAUAUGUCCAGUCAAAGAUUUAAUUGUACUUUAUGCAACUUGCAUGACUUUUUUCUUAGCUUGGAUCAA